AUGUUUAACGGUAAUAGAGUACAAGUGUACCAUGAAGAUGUUAGGGUUGGGGAAAUGGAGAUACACUCUCCAAGAGAAUCACAGCAAGAAGACGAUGUGUUGAAGCAGGGGAGGAAGAAAGUAAUGGAGGAAGUGAAGAUGGGUAUCAGGAUUAGCCGUUUUUCUCAACCUAGCAAGAGAUGUACUCCUCUUUCAGUACUUACUACCGUUUCAUCUUCUGGCCUUUGUUUCAAACUGGAAGCUUUGGCUACUCCUGGUCAUGACCCUCUCAGUGUCUUUCACUCGUCAUGUCUUAGGGACAAGAAGACUGCAGUAAUGUCUCUUGGUGAGGAAGAGCUUCAUUUAGUUGCCAUGUGCUCGGAGGAUAUCAAUAACCACCGUCCUUGUUUCUGGGCAUUUACUGUUGCUCCUGGGACUUAUGAUUCAUGUCUUGACAUGCUCAACCUUAGAUGCCUGGGGAUUGUGUUUGAUCUUGAUGAAACCCUCGUGCUGGCUAAUACCCUGCACACAUUUGAGGUUAGAAUUGAGGGGUUGAACCGGAGAAUAAACAAUGAGAUGGACCCUCGACGCCGUGCCGUUAUGUUGGCUGAGAUGAAGCGUUAUCAAGAUGAUAAAAAUCUGUUGAAGCAAUAUGUUGAAAGUGACCUGGUUGUUGAAAACGGGGAGGUGUUUAAGGCACAAUCUGAACUUGUUCCUGCCUUGUCUGACGACCAUAAGCCUCUUGUUCGUCCUCUUAUAAGGUUGCAAGAGAAGAAUAUUGUCCUAACUCGCAUUAAUCCAAUGAAACGUGAUACAAGUGUUCUUGUGAGGUUGAGGUCUUCAUGGGAGGAACUUCGAAGCUAUUUGACAGCAAAAGAGCAGCGCAAGCGUUUUGAAGUAUAUGUUUGCACAAUGGCUGAGAAAGAUUACGCCUUAGAGAUGUGGAGGCUCCUUGAUCCAGAAGGGAAUUUGAUUAACGCAAAUGACUUGCUGGCUCGCAUUGUUUGUGUGAAACCUGGUACACAUUUUCUUCUUAUACAUGCCUUAUUAUUUUGUCAUGUAUCAAUUUUCUUACAUGGUUGUAAAUUAACCAUCAUCACAGGUUUUAAGAAGUCACUGUUCAAUGUGUUUCUCAAUGCAACAUGCCAUCCGAAGAUGGCACUGGUAAUUGAUGAUCGACGAGAAGUUUGGGAUGAGAAGGAUCAGCCGAGGGUGCAUGUGGUUCCUGCAUUUUCUCCUCACCAUUCUCCUCAAACUGAAGCAGCUGCAACACCGGUACUGUCCGUUGCCACAACUCUUGUUUGCGGUGUCAGAGGUGGAUUUUUCAAGGAUUUCGAUGGUAGUCUGCUACCAAGGAUUGCUAAAAUGUUUUAUGAGAAUGAUGUUGAAGAUAUUCCAUCACCGCCUGAUGUAAGCCAUUACUUGGAGUCGAAGGACGAGACAGAUGGAAACAAAGAUCCAUUUUCUAGUGACAAGAUUGCUGAUGCUGGAGUAGGGAGAAGACUGAAGGAGGCAAUUUGUGGAUCUUCAGCUGUCUUUCCGGCGGCAAAGAUAGAGCCAAGAAUAGCUGCUCUUGUUCAGCAACCCAUGGCUUCUGCUCCUUAUGUUUCCGGUCCAGUACCAGUCUCAGUCGUGCAAAAAGAACCGCAACCAUCAGCUAUCGCCUUUCCAAGUGUUCAGUUUCCGACAGUAGCUAAACAAUUGGUUCCUUUAGAACCAAGCUUGCAAAGUUCUCCCGCUAGUGAGGAAGGUCAGGUACCUGAAUCAAAGUUAGAUCUAGAUACCAGGAGGAGGCUCCUCAUACUGCAACAUGGAAAAGAUCCUAGAGAUGCUGCUCCAAGUGAACCUUCGCCAGUUCAAGCUCCACAUCCACAUGUGCAGUCAAGAAAUGGGUGGUUUCCUGCUGAGGAGGAGAUGGAUCCAGAAACAGAGAAUCCAGUUGAAUUUCUACGUAAGCUUGCUAUUAAAUGUGGAUCUAAGGUGUAUGAGUUACUUUUGUUGACUGUGUCAUUUAAACUAUGUUUUUCUCUGCAGGCUUGGUUUUGUGGUAAAAAAGUUGGAAUAGGGAUUGGAAAAUCAAGACGAGAAGCCCUACAGAAGGCUGCCGAAGAUUCUAUCCAGAACUUAGCUGAAAUAUAUUUGUCCCGGGAAAAUGACAACACAGGGCCAAGUCACAGGGAUGUAAGCCCCUACACUAAUGGCAAUGUGAUUAUGGGAAAUGCAAACACGCUUGAUGAAAAAGCGAUGCCUGUUCCUUCUACACCUACAGGUACAAGAUUAGAAGGCUCUAUUAGGCACACUGACUCCAUUCCUACGCUCAUGGAAGUGUGUGCAUCGGAAGGUUGGGAGCUGUCUUUUCAAUCUAAGCGUCCACGUCAAUCUGACAUUGUCCACAAAGAUGAAUUUCAUGCUAAGGUUGCAAUAAAUGGGAGUCUUAUAGGGGAAGGAAUUGGAUCAACAUGGGAGGAAGCUAGAAUGCAGGCUGCUGAGAGGGCACUGGCUAAUGUGAGACCAUUGCUUCAACGACAAGAACCUUCAAGAUCGUUCGGUGGGAUGUCAAACAAGCGUCUGAAGCCAAACUUUCAACGAUCCAUGCAACGGAUGCCAUCUUCAGGCUCUUAACAAAAAUCAUGUCUGCAUUUUAAUUCCAUUGUCUGUUGCUUUAAAAAAAGUUACCAGCUACCUAGACAAGUUUCCUUUUAAACCAAAUAAUUAACCAAGUCAG